AGCUGUCAUAUAGAAUGUGCCACAUUGUCUCAUCUUCCAUAUAGUAAUGUUAUAAAACAUCUGUGGUGACAGUGGGCCAUGCCAAGUAUUUUCCAAAGGUGGAAAAAGAACUGAGUAAUUGUGCCUAUUACGUGACGUGAGCAAUGAUUGCCUGUGAUAUUUGUUAUCUAAGAGAUUUCUACCCCAACUCUUCACCACAUAUGAUUUCAAGACAACGAUUUAAUCCAAAGGUGUUUGCUGGCCUCCAUCAUUCAUUGCAAGAUCUCCUCGCAUCAUCUCUAACUCAUGAGUGACCUGAAGGCUGACCUUAAGGGGGACAAUAAAAGUGAACCAAAGAGUAGCCCAAAGAGCGAUCAAAAGGAUAGCCCAAAGACUGAGCAAAAGCCUGACCCUAAACCUGAAAAAAAGAAAAACCUCAACUAUGAACAAGUUAAAGCCAAGGCACCAAGGAUUUUGGCUGAGAUGGUGCAGAUGCUUCUCACAUGGCAAAAAAUGGGCUUCCAUGUGCCACGAGGUGUCAGGAAUAUCUUUGAGUUCACAUGGGAUGAUCUCAUGGUGUCACCUCCAAGGAAAUCCUUCACUGGUCUAUAUUGUCCAGUUGUCAAAUUCCUUCCUUUUGACGAGGCUGACUUUUCCUCCACUGCUACGUCCAGAGCACAGAAGCCGACCCCUACUGCCUCAAUGUUAAAGCCCAACUAUGUGACCCCAUCAUUUGAAAAUCAGCAGAUACUCCUCAAGUUCCAAAAACGGUCAGUCCAUCUCUUGACUGAAUUGUUGAAGAUGAAGAUGAGGAUAAUGAUUGAUGCAAUUGCUGGCCCGAGCAGUGAAGAGAUUGCAAGAAGGCUCCUGGAAGCUGGUCGACAACUACGACCUAAAAACGAAGAAGAAGCAAACGAAAUCAUAAGCAAAGAACCAAGGAAGAAAGGACGUGGUAUGGGUCCAGCAUUACCUGUUGUCCAGAUCUCUUCCACCACCCAGCUUGUACAGCAAAUGUCAGUUUCCUGUCUUUGCUUUUCAUUAUCAUUAAAAGACAGCAAGCAGCCAAAGAUUUCAGGUCUGCUUAAAGGGAAAAACGGUAGCGCUGUUCAUGAGAAAGACAGUUUCAUGGAGAAAUGUGAUCCCUGCCCUCCAGCUAGGGAGAAGCUUCGAGAAAUUUGUAAACAUAUAGAAGAGGAGAAAACUGUGGCCAUAGCAAAGGGUCAUACAAGGCCCCUCAUACUGAGGAAUUAUAUGACUGUCCACAAGUCACCAUCCCAUGCUAUGAAAAGAGCUUCAUUAUCCCAAAUAGCUGCUGAGAUCCGACGUUCAAAGGCGAAGAAGAUGUACUUUGCCCUUCCGGAUGGAUCAAUCACAAUGUAUUAUCCAUCAGGAUGUAUUGCAGUGUGCCAGUUUCCCACAUGCUGUGUAGCAAGAACAAUCACCGUUCUGUUUCAGGAUGCUCCAAUUCAUGAUCUACUAGGUAUAUUUAUGCCACCAGCACAUACAUGUAUAUCCUACUCCUUUAAAUCCAGCUGCUCAAUAGCACUUUUGAUGGAUCGUGAAGGAGGAAGUGUAAGAGAUAAAGACGGUUUUCUAACCCAUCAUUGGAGCUGGUAUUCCAAAAACCAGGUUCUACAGUCAGUAGACUUUCAGCUAAAUGAGCAGCUGAAACUAAAGAUUCUUGGUCUCAAUUCUAUUACGCUCAGUUUUACCUCCCUCAGUGAAUGUAUCAACAUAUCUUUGACAAGACCUGGAUGCACUCAUGUAACCAAGCAGUUGCCUUUAAGAAACCCUGAAAGUGAAGACAAGGAAGGACACUGGAUUCGAAGCUUAUUAGAACUUAAGCGAAGGUUUGAUAAGAGAGUGAAACAAUUUAUAAAUGGAGUUUUGAUGGUCUCAGGAAUAUGUUGCAUAGACUACCCACUUGAAUUUUCUACUGCUAAACAAGUGAAGUUUAUGGUGAGAGAAUCACCCAUUUAUGCCUGGAGUAGAAAACUCAAAGAAGAAACCCGUGGCUCUGUUGCAGAAGUAAAAGUGAAACGAGAUUCCAAGGCAGUUUUUUCACGGAGCCUUUUAACUUAUCAGCUUGUGAAGGAGAAACAAAAGCCUGGUUUGAGGGCACUUAUGACCUCCCCUGAGGAUGCGGCUCCUUCACAGGAGACCUGGGCCUCUUCUCUUACCGACUGUCCUCUUGCACUGCGCAAAAUUUUGGCCAAAGAAACUGAUGGCAUUUGCUGCAAAUGUGUGGUUAAAAUUCCACUGAUUACAGACGUGGAGUUGGAAAAGUUUAUCAACGCUCCAAGAGACCCUCAUCAAGUACUUGUGAUAUGUAUACUGUCACUUCAAAACCAUUCCUACUCUCCUUUCUUUGAGUGGUCCAUAGAAAAUAUUUAUGUACAAAAGCAGCAUGGUCGUCCAUCCCCCUGCAUUCAGAGUAAGCAUGACCCUUUUCGGUUUCUGAGGUAUGACCUAGAGAGCCCUCUAAACAAGAAGCCUCCUAUUCUGGUGGAGAAGCAUGCUGUUGUUCCUGGGAUGAUAGUGAUGUAUGCUGGAGGGAAGCUACUCUUUGGGAGCAACAUUUUCAAUGGAUACAACUACAGCAAGAGGGACCUGCUGAAGCAAAUCGAACAAGUUUGCAGUGCAUGCAAGAUGGGCCACUUCCUGCCACCAAAUUUCAAAUUUAGUCCCACUGAAGAACCUCCAAAGAUAACAUGUAAAGUUGCAGAAAGUUUCCUCAAUGUGAAGAUUAAGGAGCCUUUGCCGGAAGAACAGCCUCCUGUCCAGAUAAUAAAAGAGGUGGAGGAAAAACAUGUCAGCAUGGCAAAGCGUGUCACCGGUGCAAGAAAAAAAGGAAAGAAAUAGGAUGCAAAAGUGGUCGUUUUAAUUCAUUCUUCUUCAUCAUUAUGUGUGUAUGCACACACAAAGAGACGUACAUGCAAAAUAUAUCUUUAAUGUACCCACAGAUUUAGCUUCAGCAAUUACUAUUUUUCAUUAUAAAGCAAAAUCCCAAAAGGUAGCUGUUUUGUUAUGGAUGGCUUUGAUUUCUUUUCCUAUAGAACCUUCUUUGUCUAAAACAUCUAGAAAUUGGUUACAAAUAAGCACCAAAUAUGCAGGAAGUGUUCAUGAAGUGUUCAAGAAUCACAAGAAGGCAAUUUGUGUGAGAUAGCAGGAAAGGGAGGAACUGAGUAGGUCACAAAGAAAGGUAGAAUGGCAUUAAUGUUGAGCCAAAAGGGAGUUUGUGCACUGCUAGGUGGGUUGUAUUUACAAAAUAUUAAAUAAACGAAUUAUCUUCUCGGUUCCUUGCGCAAAUGAGAGGCAGAACGAGACAAUGACAACAUAGCAAAUGUCUAUGGAACUAUGUUCCAUUUGGAAAGAGAAUGCCAGAUGAGAAGCCAAAGGUUCAAUAUUAACUUUAGGGCAGAAGGAACAAUUCAGGAGAAUCACAUGGUAAUGGUAUCUCCCAGUCUGUCUAGAAUGGAGCUGCUGAGUUCUCUUCUCCCAGUUGUGCUGUGGGUAAGUCUUCUACCAGAAGAAAGCACCAAGACACACGCUGGUAGAUUCCAACAGGUUUUAAUGUACAGAAUACCAGAACCUUCUCUUUAGCCCAUUUAUAUAGGGGUUCUCUCAUACCAGAGGGUAAUUGAGGUUUUAUGGCUGGCCUGUUUUUAUGGCUGGCAUCUGUUCUUUGUCAGCCGACCGGAGAUGUCAAAGAUUGGAGAUCAUGACAGGAGCCUAAUCCUUUUCCACUCAUGACCCCUUUUCGCCUGAGAAUUUUUUAUACAACCCCAGGUAUAUAGGUAUAUAAAAUAGGUAGACAAAUCAAACAUUUACUGAAAACAAAUCACAAAGAAUUUAUUUUAAAACAAUUAUUUGCUACACAUAUUAUUUUACGAUAUAUUAAAGAUGAAGGACAAUGUUAA